CGGUGAUCGAAAAGGAGCAGCGAAAUCGAAGGCGAAAUCUGAGAAAGACGAAAUUCAGAUCAUCAAAGUCUAAGUGGCAUCAGCUCAAGCCGCGCGAAGACAACAGUGUUGAUAUUUUGGUACAAUUUCGGCUCCACUCACUUACGGUUGACUGGAACCGGAUUUAUUGUGGUCAGUUUCGCCCGGAAUCUUUCGGCAAUAAAAGUUCUUGUUUCGUCAUUUCAAAUCCUGCACCGCUAUGUGGCUUGCAAGGUGUGUUUCCAUACUGGCAUUUGCGCAUUUUGCCGUAGUUCCGUAUUGCGAUGCCGUCGAACCGGUAACAGUUUCAGUAGUUGCGGGCCUUACGGGCCUUGUGAGCAGUGCCGGUUGGUUCGGAAAAGAUUUCCUGCUGGACAAUACGUACUGCAAGUUCACCGAAUGUUGCCGGAAACCGUAUAUAAAGGCGGACGUGGCAGCUUUGAAGGCCAGUCUGAAAGGAUCUCUAUACGGUCAACAUAUCGUCCAAGAUGUCCUGGUGAACGCCAUUGGGGCCCAUUAUGAUAAUAUAGAAAACUCUAGGAAGCCGCUUGUGAUGAGCUUCCAUGGGACGCCAGGAACCGGAAAAAACUAUGUGUCUGAUUUUGUGGCAGCGGCGCUGUACAAGAAUGGUAUAAGCAGUAAAUUUGUAUACAAAUACACUGCAAGUGAUCUCGACACGGUAAAUAUGUCAUUUUGUUUGAAAUUUUCUAUUUUAAAGCAUAAAAUAUUUCCACAGGAUCUCGCUGCCAGUGUGAAGCAAACGGUGAAAAACUGUCCAUAUUCCUUAUUCAUUUUCGACGAAAUAGAAAGAAUGCCGACCGGAGUUUUUGACUCCAUAGUAUCGCUACUGGAUCACCAUUCUGCUCUCAAAGGUUUCGACUUCACAAAAUCCAUUUUUAUUUUUCUAUCAAAUAGUGCAGGGAUUGAAAUAGCGAAAAAAUUGAAGUCUCUCAUGGAUGACGGCAGCUAUCGCGACCAAACAAAGUUGAGCGAUUUCGAACGCAUCGCAGAACUUGCCGCGUACAAUUUGAUCGGCGGCCUAUAUCGCAGUGGAGUAAUUGAAUCGCACGUUAUCGAUCACUUUGUACCCUUCCUUCCUUUGGAACCUAGACACGUUUUGCUGUGCAUUAAGAAGGAGUUGCAACUACAACAAUGUCCCGAGACGAGCGAAAAUGAUAUCAAGAAAAUUAUGGACGAGGCGAUGACCCCCGAUAAAACCGAACAAUUUUCAAAUAACGGUUGUAAACGUUUAAGUAAAAAAGUUGAAGCUUUUUGUUACCAACGGCGGUUGAAACAUAAUUAUAAUAAUAAGCGUUAAGAUAUAUUAGAAUAGGAAUGUCGUAUAAUAAUCAUUAUUGGCUCGUGAAUCAAUAGUUAGCAAAGAAAAAAGUGUGCUUAGCUAAUCUAUAUUUGUAAAAAUGUAUGAUAAUAAAUUUUAACGAACCAAAUGCAUCAUGUGUAACCAAAUCCGGAAGUAAAAACCCUUCAUCUAAGGAGUAGUUGAAUCAAUAA